AUCCUACACGAAUUUCCACUCUCGCCGGUAUCGCAACAUUCGGUGGAUAGUUGAGUAAGUUCGUUUGUAUUCUAUUAGUAUUUUCCAAUGUAGUGGCAGUCAGGAGUAGUGGUGGUGCAGGACAGUGUAGAACUGUAGAACUGUGGAGAAACAGAACUCGGCAGAAUCAUACGGGCAACCGCAAGAUCCACAAAUAGAAUCCUUGCAAAUCCUGGGAAAGAUCGAAUCGCAUCCUGAAAAACAGUUUACGUGUCGCUCCAAUUAUGUUCGCAGCAAGACGUAUUCUGGUCUCCAAACCAAUCAAGGAUGUAUUUGCAAGAUCGAAGCAUUCACUUCCAAAUUUGCCGUACGAUUAUAAGGCUCUGGAGCCCAUCAUAUCCAGUGAGAUCAUGGAGCUCCAUCAUUCCAAACAUCACGCAACCUAUGUUAACAAUCUAAACGUCGCCGAGGAAAAAAUGGGGGAGGCGAUUGCAAAAGGCGACGUCAAUACACAAAUUGCCCUGGGCCCGGCUAUCAAGUUCAACGGUGGUGGUCAUAUCAAUCAUUCAAUCUUUUGGUGCAACCUUUCGCCCAAUGGUGAAAAUCCAGAUGCUGCCCUUUCAAAGCAAAUCAACAAAGACUUUGGCAGCAUGGAGGAAAUGAAGAAAUCUUUAUCCCAGAUUACCGUAGCAAUUCAGGGCUCCGGUUGGGGUUGGCUCGGAUACGAUCAGAAGAUCAAGUCGCUGAGGAUAGCGACUUGUGCGAAUCAAGAUCCACUGCAAUCCACUACUGGUCUCAUUCCUCUCUUCGGUAUCGACGUGUGGGAACACGCCUAUUAUUUACAAUAUAAGAAUGUACGACCUGUUUAUGUGGAAGCAAUCUUCGACAUUAUUAACUGGAAGGAUGUAAAUGCACGUUUCAAAAACGCCACUGGUUGUUAAGGCUCAACAAAGUCGUUUAGCAUUUAAAUCCGAUUUUUAGAUAUUAAGGUAACGUUUAAAGUGAUGUUUCUAUUAGGAUUGAACGAUAUCAUCAGGAAUACAAUCAGUAAUUCUUCUGUAAUGUGAAUGUUUUUUUUUCUACGCUGUAUCCAAAAUAACAUAAUCGAGUAACAAGUAAAACAAGUGUGAAAAAUA